GGAGCCGCGACAGUGCAGCCAAGUGCGCUGGAGCUGCAUGCUGCAUGCUGCAUGCUGCACGCCGCUUGCCGCCUUCUGGUGCUUGCUCGCUGUGGAGUGGAGAACCCUACCCGAGCCUCGCCGCGGAACACUGCGGACUGGCACUCCACUUAUCGGGCCGGGCCUUGCCAAAGUCGCGAAAGGCCGCGGCCCGCAGUGUGCAGUCCUGUGUCGAUAAGGGCGAGGAAGGCCGCCGCGCGCCUCGCGGUUCGGCGCUGCCCGGCUGUGUUGACAAGGGGCGGGAAGGGAAGUCGUCGACAUGACGAUUCAGGUGAUGGCCGGGUUCGCGUACAGGGGCGCUGGUGCGGCUGAUGCGCUGACCGCGGAGCUGGGCGAGCUGCCCCCGGUGCUGGGACUGCUGGGCGCCCCUGCCGCCGUGCCGGUCCCGGGCCCCGGCACCCCCAGCCCCAACAUGUACGGCGCGACGGAGGCCUCCAUGUGCUGGGGCGCGUUCUCCAAGGCCGGGCCGCCGCUGCUGCUGGCCCACGACGCCGACCUCAGCCCCGGCGUCCCCGCCAUCCCCCUCAGCCCCGCCCAGGUUGGCUGCCAGUUUUGGUCCGACUCGUACAGUUCGAUAGACUCGUCGUCGCCGUGGGUGGAGGAGUUCCCGGAGCUGGACAAGGACCUGGACUUCCUGCUGGAGGGCGACGCGGACUCGACGCACUUGGCGCUGCCCGAGCGCACCGCGCUGUGCACCGAGUUCUGCGACGGCUUCCUGAGGGAGAGCGCCGAGCAGCUCAUGUAUGCCCCGCUGGUGGUGCUCGGCGUGGACCUCCCCGCCCUCGCCAGCCACUACCCCUGCGCGCCGUCGACGCACUACCGGUCGCCGUGGUCGCAACCCCCGCCGCCCAGCUCGGUGGACUCCGCGGCGUCACGGCCGUCACCCUGCUCGCCAGCAAGACCGCCGCCAGCGCCCACACCGGCCGGUUCGUCGACGCACUCGCCGAGUCCGCGGCCCGGACGGCCCGGACGGCAGCGGGCCGAGCGGACCGCCCACCGCUCCACCGAGGCCGCGCUCGCCCUGGCGGCGCACGACUACAGCAAAUCGGCCAAGGCGUCGUCGUCGAGCCCCUGGCUGCCCGAGCUGGCCGAGCUGGCCGCCGCGGACGACAAGGUGUUCGCGUGCCCGUUCGCGGGCUGCGGCAAGCUGUACGCCAAGUCGUCGCACCUCAAGGCGCACCUGCGGCGCCACACCGGCGAGAAGCCCUUCGCCUGCACCUGGCCGGGCUGCGGCUGGCGGUUCUCGCGUUCCGACGAGCUGGCCCGCCACCGGCGCUCGCACUCCGGCGUCAAGCCCUACCAGUGCAAGAUCUGCGAGAAGCGGUUCGCGCGUUCCGACCACCUCGCCAAGCACCUCAAGGUGCACCGGCGGCACCGGUGGCUGCAGGAGCGGCGCGGCGCCCCGGCAGAUAUGUCUAUGGCUAGAGUCAAGAGCCAUGCACAUUUGCACAGGAACCGUGUAUAA